UUUGUGAUACAUGGUUAAACUGCAUCUACGGCCGUUACAGUUUUGUUGUUCGGUCACUGUUUUGUGUAUUUAUAUUAAUUUUUAAGAAAAAACUAGUCCAUUUUAACAAUGAGUGCAGAAGAAGAGGUUUUACGAAUUCAAAAGAAAUUAAACAAAAUGUCAAGUGGUGACGGGACGGGUCAAGAACAAGCAUUGGAGUUACUUAAAAUUUUACAGAAACUUCCUGUUGACUUGGAACUUUUAACAAAGACAAGAAUUGGAAUGACUGUAAAUGCUUUAAGAAAAUCAAGCAGAGAUGAAGAAGUAAUCUCAUUAUCAAAAACACUUAUCAAGAAUUGGAAAAAGUUUUUAUCAGGAUCCAAUAAAGAUAAAGAUUCUACUACUUCAAGUAGCUCAAAGAAAAGGGAAGAAAAAUCAGAAAAAAAUAAAGAUGAUGCAGAUCAAAAGAAAGACAAAGAUACAAUGGAUGGAAGUGAUGUUAAAAUGAAGGAAGAAAAGCCUAAUAAAGAUCUUCAAAGAAAACAAGCUUCGUUUCCUGCUCCGACUACAACAGAUGCUGUAAGAUUAAAAUGUAGAGAAUUAUUAGCUGCAGCUUUAAGAGUGGAUGGAAAAACAAUUGACGGUUGUGCUAGCCCAGAAGAACUAGCAGAACAAUUAGAGGAAGCAAUUUAUGCAGAAUUUAAAAAUACUGAUAAUAGAUACAAAAAUAGGGUACGCAGUCGAGUUGCUAACUUACGUGACGUUAAAAAUCCUAAUCUAAGAACUAAUUUCCUUGUUGGUGCUAUUACUCCAGCACGAUUAGCUGUUAUGACAGCUGAGGAAAUGGCAAGUGAUGAAAUAAAACAAUUACGAGAACAGUUUAAAAAGGAAGCAAUUAAUGAUGCUCAACUUGCUACUGUACAAGGCACUAAAACUGAUUUAUUAAAAUGUGGCAAAUGCAAAAAACGCAAUUGUACCUAUAAUCAAGUACAAACACGAUCUGCUGAUGAACCUAUGACUACUUUUGUGUUGUGCAACGAAUGUGGAAAUCGAUGGAAAUUCUGCUAAUUAUUCUCAUCGCUUUCUUGUGAUUUCUUUAUCAUUGUCAUACGUGAAAAAUGUACUUCAAUGGAAAUGUAUCUAUAAAUUGGUAUUUGUUUGGCUUAUGCCAAUAAGACAUCAUUAAAAAAUAUAUAAACACUACGAAUCUUAAAA